AUGGUCGUGCUCGUCGUGCAGUGUGCCGUCGCCGUCGUGCGGUGCGUCGUGCUCGCUGUGGACGCUGCACGUGAGGACGAAAACAAGUUGCACGGGCGCCUAGUCGAUCUUUGGGACGCCGCCUCGCUGCUCAACAUCGAUGUCGUGAUCCUCGACGUCGGUGAUCACGCCCCGGCAAAGCAGGUUGUCUCCCCUCGGUCUGUCGACCUCGCCCACAUUGACGGCUCGUUCACCGACCCUGCCAAAAUACGCCAGCUGGCCGCCAAGGUCGAUGUACUCACCGUCGAGAUCGAGCACGUCGACGUCGACGUGCUGCACCCCUCUACCAUCCGAGUCAUCCAAGACAAACUCGUCCAGAAGGAACACCUCGUGGCCUCCGGUUGCCCAGUCUCGCAGUUCCUGCAGGUCGAAUCCACCGUGGCAUCCGUCACCUCGGCCUCCGAGACGUUGGGCUUGCCCUUGAUGCUGAAGAGCCGAACGCUUGCCUACGACGGUAGGGGCAACUACGUGGUGCGCCAUUGCCCAGAUCCCGAGGCCAUCGCCGCGUUGGGGGGGAGACCGCUCUACGCCGAGAAGUGGGUGCCCUUCGUGAAAGAGAUCGCGGUCAUGGUGGUCAGAUCCGCCACUGGCGAAAUCGCUUCGUAUCCGGUCGUGGAGACCGUCCACAGGGACAACAUCUGCCAUUUGGUGUUCGCACCUCUGCGGAGUAGUGACGAAGCAUCGGUGAAGACGUUGGAGGGAGCUGGUGUGUUCGGCGUGGAGAUGUUCCUGGUGGAGGAUGGCUCGGUCGUCGUCAACGAAAUUGCUCCGCGGCCGCACAACUCGGGACACUACACCAUCGAAGCGUGUGAGACGUCCCAAUACGAAAACCAUCUCCGCGCGAUCCUCUCGCUUCCUCUAGGAUCUACCGCUCUGAAGGUGCCGUCUGCGGCCAUGCUGAACCUGCUCGGGGCUUCCGGCGACGUGACCGAGAUCAGUGCCGUCGUCGAGCAUGCGCUCAAGGUGCCUGGCGCCGCGGCGCAUCUGUAUGGCAAGUCUGACCGUCGACUGCGUCCCUUGUUGGAACAACUCCCUUCUCCGAGCAGCGCUGCGGAGCUCGCGCUGCACGCUCCCCUCGCGCCUGAACCUGGCUCUGGGUUUUCACAUCGCCAGCCGCUCGUAGGCAUCAUCAUGGGCUCGGACUCGGACCUGCCCGUGAUGGUUCCGUCUGCGCGUAUUCUCGAUCGCUUCGGGAUCCCUUACGAGCUCACGAUUGUGUCUGCUCACCGCACGCCGGAUCGGAUGACUAUGUAUGCACGAUCCGCCGUAUCAAGGGGUCUCCGAGUGAUUAUAGCCGGGGCGGGAGGGGCUGCGCACUUGCCAGGUAUGGUUGCUGCGAUGACGAGUCUCCCGGUUGUCGGUGUUCCUGUGAAGGGCAGCACCCUGGAUGGUGUUGACUCCUUGCAUAGCAUUGUGCAGAUGCCGAGAGGUGUGCCUGUGGCAACAGUAGCCAUCAACAACGGCAUGAAUGCUGGCUUGCUGGCUGUCAGGAUACUAGCCAGUGGCAUACCAGAUCUUGUCCAUAAGAUGGAUGACUAUCUGAAAGAGCAAACAUGUGAAGUACAUGAGAAGGUGCAGAAGCUUGAGGUGACUGGGUGGGAAAAAUAUCUACUCAGUUGAUGUAUGGUAAAUUGGGGAAUUGUAUAUUCUGCCAAUCUCAACCAAGUCUCAACAUUUGCCCAAGUGUAUGCC